GAGAGAGAAGGCUGGAGGAGUGGAGGGAGGCAGAGAGCGAGGGGGGACGGAGAGACAGAGGAAGACAGAGGGAGAGAGAGAGAGAGGAGUCCAGGCCCAAAUAAAGCCAUGGGGGCCGGGGCUGGGCUGAGCCCCCUUUUGCUAUAAAUACGCUGGCCGUCUGGAGGUUCGGGUUUGGUGGCUGGGGCUUAGGACCGGCGACCACCACUGCUGCUGCUGCUUCUGCUGCUGUUCUUCUUCUCAGGGGAGUCUCCUCAUCAUCCUCCUCCUCCUCCUCCUCCUCUUCUUCCUCAUUGUGGUCAUCAGUGUUCUGGGCAUCCAAGAUGCCUCGAGUGGACGCAGACCUCAAGCUGGACUUCAAGGAUGUCCUGUUCAGACCCAAGAGGAGCAGCCUGAAGAGUCGCUCAGAGGUGGACCUUCAGAGGACCUUCACAUUCCGCAACUCCAAACAGACCUACACCGGCAUCCCUGUCAUCGCCGCUAACAUGGACACCACAGGGACGUUUGAGAUGGCACAAGUCCUCAGCAAACACACCCUCUUCACAGCCAUUCACAAACACUACUCCGUAGAAGACUGGAAAACUUUUGCUGCUGAUCAUCCAGAAUGCAUGGAGCAUGUAGCUGCCAGCUCAGGCAGCAGCAACGCAGACCUGGAGAAGCUGUGUGCCAUCUUGGAAGCCGUCCCCGCCCUCAAGUACAUCUGUCUGGACGUGGCCAACGGCUACUCCGAGUACUUUGUGGAGUUUGUGAAGACGGUCAGAGGGAAGUUCCCCAAACACACCAUCAUGGCCGGUAACGUGGUAACAGGUGAGAUGGUGGAGGAGCUCAUCCUCUCUGGGGCUGACAUCAUCAAAGUGGGCAUCGGGCCAGGUUCUGUGUGCACGACAAGGAUCAAGACCGGAGUGGGUUACCCACAACUCAGUGCUGUCAUAGAGUGUGCAGACUCAGCCCAUGGACUGAAAGGACACAUUAUCUCUGAUGGAGGCUGCAGUUGCCCAGGUGAUGUAGCCAAGGCCUUUGGUGCCGGGGCUGACUUUGUGAUGAUGGGAGGAAUGCUCGCAGGCCACGACCAGUGCAAAGGGGAGGUCAUCGAGAAGAACGGCAAGAAGUACAAACUCUUCUACGGCAUGAGCUCCGACACGGCCAUGAAGAAAUACGUGGGAGGGGUCGCUGAGUACAGGGCAUCUGAAGGGAGGACGGUGGAGGUGCCGUACAGGGGAGAUGUGGAGAACACCAUCCGUGACGUGCUGGGGGGCCUGCGCUCCACUUGCACCUAUGUGGGCGCCGCCAAACUGAAAGAGCUGAGCAGGAGAACCACCUUCAUCCGUGUCACACAACAGUCAAGUCAAAUGUUCACUUAGUGGAGCGUGGAGACACACACACACACACACACACGUAUACAGAGGCUGCAUUAUAUGCAUUGUA